AUGCCACGCAGUUUCAAGCCGUCAUCACACCAACUCUGCAACGUCAUACUCUUUCUCCAUCUAUCUGGCCAAGAACCCGCGUAUAUCGACAGACUUCUGAAGGAAGUUUACAAGGAGCACGCCUCCGCUAGAAGUACACUCUACAAGUGGCACUCGAAGCUCGCGAUGGGCGACUAUUCCAUUGAAGAUGAAGACCGUUCGGGACGCCCGAUGGAGGUGGAUUUGGUCUUGCUGCGGAGACAGAUGGAAGCCAAUCCGUUUCAAAACACUCGCGAACUGACAGUCGCUCUUGGGAUGAGUCAAACCACAGUUGUUCGCGGAUCGACAAGCGUCGAAUACUGGGAGCUGCUCGUUCAAGGAUGUGCAGUGACCGCAGACGUCUACAUUGAGGAACUGAAGAAUUUGAGGACAAAUCUCAGAAAUGCACGCCCUCAGCAGCGCGAAGUGUACUUCCAGCACGACAACGCUCGGUCGAACAUUGCAAGAACGACCAAGGCCAAACUGAUGAAAUUCGGUUGCACCAUUUUACCACACCCACCGUAUUCCCCAGUCCUGGUUCCCUUGGAUUACCACCUUUUUUCCUAUCUCCAACGUCAUUUGGAUGGUCAAGACUCCCAAACCCGCGACGACAUAAAAAAGGCACUUGAGCAGUUUUUCAAGAAGCAGUCCCCAGCGUUCUGGAGCAAAGGCAUCUACGAUCUGCCUAAACGUUGGCAGAAGACCAUCAAUGCCAAUGGGGCAUACUUCGGAUGA